AUGGUCGGAUCAUCCCUCCUCCUACCUCUCCUCGCCGUCCUGGCCUCCAUGGCCGGCGCGGUACCAGUAAAUGAGCGCCGCUCCGUCCGCCCGACGUGCGGAAAGCCGGGCACGGUGGUGUCCACCACCCAAGUCACGAUACCCACCUCUCAAGCGGCGACAGCAGCUCCCACGAGUCCGCCCGCGGUGUCUCUUCCUUCACCCAUCACCGUAUCCUCCUCCUUUGUCACUUCUCGUCUCGCCUCGUCGACUUCGGCGGGGGUACCUGGCGUUUCCUCGUCGUCGGUGAGAACGUCGGCGGCGGCCUCCUCAGCUUCUGCUGCGCCGUCUUCUCUAUCAACUGUGCGAGUGUCCAGCACGGGCACCGCCUCUCCGCCUGCCACCGGCACAGGAACCCCGGCAUCGGGAUACAGGAAUGUCUUGUACUUCACAAAUUGGGGCGUCUAUGGGGCGAACUACCAACCAGCAGACAUUCCAGCAGACAAGGUGACGCACUUACUCUACUCCUUUGCGGAUAUCCAAACAGACGGCACGGUAGUCUCGUCAGACCCCUAUUCAGACACGCAACGCCAGUACUCUGGCGACGACAACCAAGCAGGUAACGCCUAUGGCUGCGUCAAGCAGCUCUACGCCCUCAAGAAGCAGAACCGCCAGCUCAAGCUCGUCCUCUCCAUCGGCGGCUGGACCUGGUCCAGCAAGUUCCCCGCCGUGGCCGCCUCGGACACGGCUCGUAAGCAGUUUGCUUCCUCUGCGAUCAAGCUCAUGAUUGACUGGGGAUUCGACGGUCUCGAUAUUGACUGGGAAUACCCAGCCAGCGACACGGAAGCCACAAACUUCGUCGCCCUCCUCAAGGAAGUACGCUCCCAGCUCGACGCCUACGCCGCGGCCAACGCACCGGGCUAUCACUUCGCCCUCACAAUUGCCUGCCCCGCGGGUCCCUCGCACUACAAACAGAUGAACCUCCGCGGCAUGGACCCCUACGUCGACGCCUGGCACCUCAUGGCCUACGACUACGCCGGCUCCUGGGACACCACGACGGGCCACCAGGCCAACCUCUACCAGAAUCCGUCCAACCCGACGGCGACAAAGUUCGACACCCAGACCGCGCUGGCGUACUACCUCUCCCAGGGCAUCGCCUCCAACAAGGUCGUCCUCGGCCUGCCGCUGUACGGCCGCUCCUUUGAGAACACGGCCAACGGCGUCGGCCUGCCGUACUCGGGCGUCGGGACGGGCUCCAUCGAGCCGGGCGUGUGGCACUACAAGGUCCUUCCCAAGGCCGGCGCCGUCGAGGUGUACGACUCGACGGCGGGUGCACUGUACAGCUACGAUAGUUCCACAAAGGAGCUCAUCAGCUACGACAACCCGGCGAGCGCGGGCGUCAAGGCCCAGUAUCUACUCGACAAUAAGCUCGGCGGCGCCGUCUUCUGGGAAGCCGCUGGUGACCGCAAGGGCGAGGGCAGCCUGGUGGGUGUGUUGGCGAGCAAGAUGGGCAAGCUUGAUUCGAACCAGAACUUGUUGAGCUACCCCAACAGUCAGUAUGCCAACAUUAAGAGCAACCUAGCGUAA